AUGAAGUCAGGUCUCUCAGUCAACGCUCUGUUGGCAUUGGCAAGCCCUGCUGCAGCGUAUACCUCAUGGAGCUACACCAAUGUGUCUGAUCCUUACUAUGGACAGAGUCCACCUGUAUAUCCUUCUCAAAAGGUCAACGUCACCCGUGGAUUCACUGGAACUUGCGUUGGCAACACUGGUGCCGUGCCUCGCUUGGGAAUCAAACCAAUGUGUCUCUCAGACGCUCCGGACGGUAUUCGCGGUCAGGAGUUCGUCAGUGCUUUCCCUGCUGGCAUUCAUGUUGCUGCCACUUUCGACAAGGACCUUAUGUAUGCUUAUGGUCGUGCUUUGGGUGAGGAAUACCAUGGUAAAGGUAUUAACAUCGCUCUUGGACCCGUUGCAGGACCACUUGGAAGAGUCGCCAGGGGAGGCAGAAACUGGGAAGGUCUUUCUGCGGAUCCUCAUCUUGCUGGUGCUGGUAUGGGAGCUAUUACCAGAGGUAUCCAGGACGUCGGCGUCAUCGCCACUGCAAAGCACUGGAUCCUUAACGAAGAAGAGUUUCGCCGCAUGCCUGCGAUUGGAGAAGGCGAAGAUGACAGAACUCUGCAUGAGCUCUAUGCCUACCCUUUCAUGGACGCCCUGCGAGAGAACGUAGGCAGCGUGAUGUGCAGUUACCAACGCGCCAACAACUCGUAUGGAUGCCAGAACUCCAAGCUUCUCAACGGUAUUCUCAAGACCGAAUUAGGCUUUUCUGGUUUCGUAAUGAGUGACUGGGAGGCGCAGCAUUCAGGUGUUGCAUCUGCGAACGCUGGUCUCGAUCUUGUCAUGCCGGAUGGUGGGUUUUGGGGUGGCAAUCUCACUCAGGCUGUCAACAAUGGAUCCGUCUCCAUUGAUCGCCUGAACGACAUGGUCACACGUCAGCUGGCUUCAUUCUUCUAUGUUGGCCAGGGCGACGGCUUCCCAAAGGCAGAUGUACACAGCAAUCUGCAACGCCAGGAACCCGUCAAUGUGCAAGAUGACCACUCUGACCUGAUCAGAGAAAUUGGUGCUGCAGGCACCGUCCUUGUCAAGAAUGUCAACAACACGCUACCUCUCAAGAAUCCUCGUUUCUUGACAAUCUAUGGAUACGACGCGACCGUCAAGGCAGUUCCUUGGCAGAACCCAACCAGAUAUGGUGGUGGGUACGAAGUCAACUUCGGAUGGAACACCUUCAACGGCACAAUGAUCACUGGCGGAGGUUCUGGUGGCAGCACACCUCCAUAUGUCGUCUCGCCCUUCCAAGCCAUUCAGGAACGCAUCGCAAAGGACAAGGGAAUUCUUCGUUGGGACUUCUACUCCAAAAACCCCACCCCACCUUACGUUAACAAUGAUGCCUGCUUGGUCUUUGUCAAUGCUUAUGCAUCCGAGAGUUUCGAUCGCACAACAUUGGCGGACGAGUUCAGUGACAACUUGAUCAAGAAUGUCGCAGCCAACUGCUCAAACACCAUUGUUGUCAUUCACAGUGCUGGUAUUCGUGUUGUCGAUGAGUGGAUCGACCAUGAGAACAUCACCGCCGUGAUCUUCGCAGGUCUUCCAGGUCAAGAAUCAGGACAUUCACUGACAGAUGUUCUUUAUGGUGAUGUCUCGCCUUCUGGUCGCCUACCUUACACUGUUGCGAAGAAAGAAGAAGACUACGGCAGUCUUCUCAACUCGACUGUUUCUUUCGAUCCCUACCCGCAAUCCAACUUCUCGGAAGGUGUGUACAUCGAUUACCGUCACUUCGAUCACUACAACAUCACUCCUCGCUUCGAAUUUGGCUUCGGAUUGUCCUACUCUACUUUCAACUACUCCAAGUUGCAAACAGCCAGACUCGCUGAUGGAAACCUAUCGCCUUAUCCCGACGCCAACAUCGCAAUCAUCCCUGGUGGUCAUCCCCAGCUCUGGGACGAGCUCUUCUCGGUCUCCUUCGAAGUCACCAAUACUGGAGACGUGUUUGCUCACGAAGUCCCUCAGGUUUAUGUGGGUAUUCCUGAUGCGCCGAAGAAGCAGUUGAGAGGGUUUGAGCGUGUGCCUUUGCAGCCUGGUCAGAGUAAGAGAGUCAAUAUCCCGUUGACCAGAAGAGAUCUGAGUGUUUGGGAUGUUGUGGCUCAGCAGUGGAAGUUGCAAGCUGGACAGUAUGAUUUGUGGGUUGGCGCGAGUAGUAGAGAUGUGAAGUUGGAGGGUAAACUCACCGUCUAA